ACAUGAGAUUGGACCGUUCGCAAAGAUACAUCAUCUUCUCUAUCCCUCCCUCCCCCUUUUCACUCUUCCGGGAUUAUAAAAAAUCUGAUGAAUCAUCCUCAUCAUCAUCUGCAGUUAUAAUCACAUAUACAUACAUACACGCAUCUAUCUCUAUUUCUUUCAAAACCCUAGUUCCACCAAUCAAUGACACCAAUCCAAUGCAUUAUCACCACACCACCAGAUCAAAUCACAAUCACCGAAUCAUAACCAGCACCAAACCUCAAUCCAGAUCCUGCCAUUUCACCGGAUCUGAUUAUAAUGAAACCCUCGCCAUCCAAAUCAUUAUCUGCAUUGAAGAAGAUCAAUCGGAACAAGUUGUUGUUGUUCUUCGUCGGUCAACCUAGGGUUUGUUGUUCGAUCGGUACGGAUCAUUAUGCAGCUACACUUGUCACCUAGUAUGAGAAGUAUAACGAUAUCGAGCAGCAAUGGAUUUUUUGAUUUUAUGAAGGUUAAGAUCGCAGCUCGUCAUAUUUCCUCCCGAACGCUCUUUCAUGCCGUGCUUAUUCUCGCUUGCUUGUUGCCGUUUGUCUUCAUCGUUACGGCUCUUGUUACUCUUGAAGGUGUCAACAAGUGUUCAUCGUUUGAUUGUUUAGGCAGGCGUUUGGGACCAAAGCUUCUUGGGAGGGGUGAAGACUCAGGGAGGCUUGUUAACGAACUUUACAAGACCCUUAACCAAGUGAGAUCCGUAGAAGUCCCAAAUGACUUAAAGCUCCCUGAAAACUUUACACAGCUUGUCAAUGAAAUGAAAGACAACAAAUACGAUGCAAAUGAAUUUGCUGUUAUAUUGAAAGGAAUGAUGGAAAGAUCUGAAAAGGAAAUUAGAGAAUCUAAAUUUGCAGAAUUAAUGAACAAACACUUUGCAGCAAGUUCUGUCCCAAAAGGCAUCCAUUGUCUCUCUUUGCGGUUAACCGAUGAGUACUCAUCCAACGCACACGCACGCAGACAAUUACCUUCACCAGAACUACUUCCAGUUCUAUCCGACAACUCAUACUACCACUUCAUCUUGUCAACGGACAACAUCUUGGCAGCUUCAGUUGUCGUCACUUCAGCAGUCCAGUCAUCACUAAAACCCGACAAAAUCGUCUUCCAUGUGAUAACUGACAAGAAAACUUACGCAGGCAUGCACUCCUGGUUUGCUUUAAACCCCAAUUCUCCCGCAAUCAUUGAAGUAAAAGGUGUUCAUCAGUUUGACUGGUUGACCCGAGACAAUGUUCCAGUUCUUGAAGCCGUGGAAAAUCAUUAUGGAGUUAGGAAUUAUUAUCACGGGAAUCAUGUAGCAGGUGCAAAUCUCAGUGAUACCACUCCAAGAUCAUUCGCCUCAAAGUUACAGGCUAGAAGCCCCAAGUACAUAUCGUUGCUGAAUCAUAUUCGCAUAUAUUUGCCAGAGCUCUUCCCGAAUCUUGACAAAGUGGUUUUCUUGGAUGAUGAUAUUGUGAUUCAACGUGAUUUAUCCCCACUUUGGGAAAUUGACCUUGGUGGAAAGGUCAACGGAGCGGUUGAAACCUGCAAAGGUGAUGACACGUGGGUGAUGUCGAAGCGGUUCAGAACCUACUUCAACUUUUCUCACCCGUUGAUAUCCAACAAUCUGGAUCCAGAUGAAUGUGCUUGGGCUUAUGGGAUGAAUAUAUUCGACUUGCGUGCAUGGAGAAAAACCAAUAUUAGAGAAACAUAUCACACGUGGCUGAAAGAGAACUUGAAGUCAAAUUUGACUUUAUGGAGGCUGGGUACUCUACCCCCAGCCCUUAUUGCAUUUAGGAAUCAUGUUCAACCCAUUGACCCGUCCUGGCACAUGCUGGGCUUGGGCUACCAAAACAACACAAGUGUCGAGAAUGUAAAGAAGGCGGCUGUAAUCCACUACAACGGUCAGUCAAAACCGUGGCUAGAGAUAGGCUUUGAACAUCUUCGCCCUUUUUGGUCAAAAUACGUCAAUUACUCCAAUGAUUUCGUCAAAAGUUGUCACAUCUUGGAGUAGUUAUCAGUUAUCACUUCCUCAAGGUUGUGUGCGUAAACAAAAAAGAGGACGGGCCAUUUUGUCACUAAGGGCCCGCGAUCUGCUGGAUUCAUUCUUUUGGUCUGUUACACAACCGCGCUUUCUUAUAACAAUUAGGAUAUGAUAUAGCAUAAAGUUUUUAUUAAUACAUAUUCAUGUCAAUGAUAGCGCGUAGAUCUUUUGAAACUGCUUUGUCAUAGAACCCUAUUAGCCGGGAACUGUAUUCGUAGGUUAUAUGUUUGCCCUGUCGGUUAUUGUCGUGUACGAUAUUCAAGAUACAUUUUUAAAAUGUGCAGUAAAUUCUUUUUGAUAGAUAGUUCCAAUCUUUGAAA